AUGACACCCCCGCCGCUCCUCUUCCACGCUCUUCUCCGCCCCGCGGUCCUCCAGAUCCUCCGCGCGACGGGCUACCACGCUGCGCGCCCCGUCGUCCUCGACGCUGUAACAGAGCUGGCUGCACGGUACAUGUUCGCUCUGUGCCAGGCGACGGCGCGCCACGCCGCGGACAACAACCCAGAGGGCGACGUGCCAGGUAUCGUGGAUGUGCGCAUGGCACUGCAGGAGCUGGGGGCUGUGCCGCCCGACGACGUGAGCGCGGAGGGAAGGGGUUCGAUACUGGGAGAGAUUCUAGAUGACAUAAUGGAUGAAUGCGGCACCGCGGCGGCCGAAAGUGGCGGCGACCUGGCGAUGGCGAAUGCGGUUGCUACGGUGGCCGAGAGGGAACGUGUAGAAGACAUCCGAGGUGUUGAGGAGUUUGUCAAGUGGUUUGCCGGGCCGAGAAACAAAGCUAUUCGUGAGGCAGCGGUUGGAGACGGGGAACUUGAGCUUGGUGACUAUCUGAACGUUCUGAAGAAGAAGCACAGCAAGACCGGAGAGGACUCCAAGUAUCACGGCACGAUACUGGGCAAGGGCAAUGAUGUAGGCGAGGUUCAGGUAGAGGGAGGCGACCUGCCCAGCAUCCACACUUGGCGUGCCAAAAUGCGUGGGCCCUCAGCAGCGGGCGCUUUUUCAGCGACAUCGCCACAAAUCAAGGAAGAAUCAAGACCGCCGAGCUCAGGGUUGAGCUCUGUUGGCGACAGGUUGGGGGACGACCGGGACAGCAUGGACUUGUCAUAG